AUGGCUAGCAGGGAUAGAGAUCGUGGACGGAAAUACUUAAGUGGGACUAAAAAACUGAAACGGAAGAAGCAGCGAGACGAUUAUAUUAAACAGCAAACAAACAACAUUUUGAAGUGUGUAAUUGAAACUACUAGUCAUUUCAGACAGCCAAACGAAUGUGAAGAACAUACGGCAAUGAAUCAGAUCCCUUUGGAAGAGGAAAACCAAGAGCUGAAUACACCUCUGAAGGAAAAUGAAGAAGACACCAACGAAACUGAAUUGGACGAAAAUGGAAACAAUAGAAAAACGAGCGAUUAUCCUAGCACGUGGCCAAUUGACAGAACACAACAAACAGUAAAUUUAAUAGUUCAGCAUGGUCCUGUACAAGUUACUCAAUUUAAGUUCCCUAAGAACGAAAAUAACAGGAGUUUUUCUGCAACAUAUUUUACAAGAAUACUGACGAAUGGACAAAGGACAACACGAAGAUGGCUAAUUUAUUCUAAAUCUAAAGAUAAGGUUUACUGUUUCGCUUGUAAAUUAUUUUCCACUACUGAUAUUUCAUUGGGGGCAGACGGAUUUUGCGAUUGGUCUCAUUUAACACAGCGAAUCAAAAUGCACGAACGAUCUGCGGUACAUUUACGAGCUAUAAACAAGUGGCUUCAAACUGAACAAAAUUUUCGCACUAGCAAUCUACCUGAUAAAGAGUGCGAAAAAUUUUUAAGACUUGAAACGGCACGAUACGAACAAGUUUUCCAAAGAACAACUGCUGUUAUUUUAUAUUUGGCGCAACAUAAUUUAGCUUUCCGAGGAAGUUCCGACUUUGUACACACCGCACAAUGGUAA